AUGGAUCUCCCACGUGCAGUCUGGCCCCUGGCCGACGAUACUCUCACGUACGACCUUCUCGAACUCUUGCAUGCCGCAAAGCAGUAUGGUCUACUGAAGAAAGGUACCAACCAUGUCCAGAAAUGCGUCAACCGCAGUGGUGCCGAAAUGGUGAUUCUGGGAGCUGAUACCAACCCCAUCGCUCUCGUCUCGCAUCUCCCACGCCUGUGCGAGGAGAAGAACAUUCCGUACGUGUACGUCCCCAGCAAGUUGGCAAUGGGACGCGCUUGUGGCCGCAACGGCUCUGUCAUUGCGGCUUGCAUCAAGCUGGAUUCUCUCGCGGAUGAUUUGUCUGAUGUGAUUCAGCAAAUUAAGGAACGGGUGGAGGCGCUUGCUAUUUGA